GAUCAGAGACUGAAGACUGGGAGCUCACAUCAGUCAGUUUGAGGGAAGUGAGAGAAGAGGCAGAGACAAUGCUGAGCUAUCGGGCUUUCCACCCUUCACGUCUGUGCCAGGAGCCUGUAUACACACUGGUGCCUGUUGCACACAGGCUCUGGGAACCACUUGAAUGUAACAUGUGGGAACAGGUGGAAGAAGCGAGAAAGGGCAUGAAGUUCAUCCAUCGAGUUCUUGAGGAGCUGACAGCAGAAUAUUUUGGGGAAAUACCAGGAACUGGAGACAACAAAUCUGAUGCUAAUGGAGAAGGUAAAAGACAAUCCGAGGACAAGGAUGGAGAUGGCUUUUCUGUGUCCCUGAAUGUCCAGCACUUCCCCCCAGAAGACCUGAGGGUGAAAGUAAUUGGAAGAAAAGUGCUGGUGACAGGAAAACACGAGAAGAAAUGUGAUGAUGGCAGCGGCUGUUACAGCUACAAAUAUGAAGAGUUCAGGAGAGAAUUCAAGCUGCCAGAGGAUGUCGAUGCUGAAGCUCUUCGAUGCUGUUUGUCACAGGACGGUCGGUUGAAGGUUCAAGCCCCGCGCCUGGCACUGCCAGCUGUGAAUGAACGGACUGUCCCCAUCAACAUCACCUUGGAUACAACAGCCACUCCCCGGCUCAAUCCUGACCAAGAGGCAGAGGAACAGGAGAGUGGGAAGGAUGUGGUGAACAAGAAAGCUGAAGAACAGAUGUCCAGUUAAGACUCUGUUACAAUGAACUUUUGAAGAUAUAAUAAUUGUUCAAAAGCAGCAAUGAGUUUCUGAUAUGUGAGAUGAAAAUAUAUUUUUGUCA